AUGCCCGGUGUCAGCCGGCUCUCCAAGUUGGAGCUAUUUGAAGAGCGGGCAAAGAAGCUGAAUGAGCGAUUUGGUCUGGAGAUUCAUCCUAUGGAAUGGCAGAGCGCUAUCCCUAGCGAUACUGUCCUUCGUAUGGACAAGCCCAUUCGAAUGCGCAUUCGACGGACCUGCCAUCGCUGCAACGCUACCUUUGGCGCCACUAAAGAAUGCCCCAACUGCAGCCAUAGCCGCUGCACCAAAUGCACGCGAUAUCCACCAAAGCGCUCCGAGGCUGAGAUCAUCGCUAGCCGUGAAAGGAGAGCUGCUAAGAUCAAGGCCAACCGCGAGAAUGCCCCGAUACUGCCCGAUUAUGAACCAAUAGAGAAGAACAUUGUUCUGAAGCGCCCAAGCAAGACGGGAGGCCAGGAUCUUAUCCAUAAGAAGCCUCGUCAACGUGUCCGACGAACUUGCCACGAAUGCGAUACCCUCUUCACAGCCGGAAAUAAAACAUGCGAAAAGUGCAAGCAUGUUCGCUGCACGGACUGCCCCAGAGACCCGCCCAAGAAAGACAAGUAUCCAUUCGGCUAUCCUGGCGAUGAAUUUGGACCAAAGAGUGUGCCUCACUAUGAAUGCUUGAAUUGCAAAACUGUUUACCCUACCGGGGUCGAAGAUGGGACGGAAUGCAGGAAGUGCAAAUUUCCCAAAUCGCAUGCCUCUCCCCGCGCUCGGCCUCGCAAGGUAGAACCAAUACCCGAUCCAGAAGUCAUACGAAGACUGCAAGCCAAGCUGGACGACCUAAACCUCACAUAG